AUGCGUUCCUCUCUGCGAUUGUUGAACCUGGAGGCGGCCGCUCCGCUCCAGGGAUCCAGAACUCGAUACGUUUGCUCAACCUGCAGACAAGAAGCGCGCCCCCGCCCUUUCGUCGCCCGUCAAUUUCUUCGCCAUGCUUCCGACGACAGCACCCCGAUCACCGAACGCGUGCGCCGGAAGCUUUGGGGUACCGAUAACCCUCCCGGUCUGAAGGAUCCGUAUGGCGGCGAAGGUGUUUUUGAGAGAAAGUUCAGGAGGGCCAGUCAAGCGCCGAUGCAGCAGGGGGAGCCGGAGGGAGACCAAGGCACUCCGGCUGAGAACCAGGUUGCAACUGCGGAGGAUACCGCUUCGACAGAUGUUGCUGAAGAUGCCAUUUCAGGUGAAUAUGUGCCUGCGACGACUUGGGAGGGUCUUGAUCGUGUUGGACACUUGGGGAGGUGGAAUGAUCUCCCCCCGAAGACCGAGGAUGCCUACACUUCCUUCUCCUCGAAUCGCCGCCUUACAAAGCCUGACGAUUUGGCCCUGGCUGCUCAUCAAACCGCGGUUGAACUCUGCUUGAUGCACUCGCUGAACAAGCCCCUAGUCAGCGUCUGUGAAGUUGUCGAACACGAGGAGCCAAUCCUAAAGAUGAUCCAGGAUUGCAAGAUCCGACCGAAGGCUUCAUGGGACUCCGCCCUAGAGUACCCGAACAAGGAAGCAGAGGAUGCGCUCCUCUUCGUCUUCAAGCAAAUUGGGGCUCAGGAAGCGGAGCCAGCUGAGGCGACUGAGUCCACAGAAGCUGAAGAGUCCGUGAACAACUCUCCCGCAAGGGCUAAUCAAACUUCCUUAGCAGAGAACAAGGAUGUUCAUGAUAAGGGCUACUUGACCCUGUCACUGUCUGAUCCGGCGAUGAAAUUCGCUUUCCUGAAGCGAUUCUCCCAACUCUCCGGCCACUACUUCCCCGACCCUGCCAUCGAGUCGAUUUUCUCUGUUAAGCAAGUCAUGGCCCACGUUCUCAAGGAGACGGCACCUAAGCCCAAGAAACUUGUAGAACAUCUCCUAGCCAACGACACUCUCCGGAAUUUACCUAACGUCAAGAUCUUUGCGAAGAGACAGAAGCCUUGGCACAAGGAUGAGGAGCUUGGGCGGAAGAAGCUUAUUGAUGCUGAACUUCGUAGAAGGGGUCUUGUUGAGUGA